AUGGUCGAAGAGCAUGAGAAGGUGCAUUUACCUAUCUUUGUUCAGCCAGUAGUCAAUUCAAAUGAGUCUCUUGUUGUUUCUGUUAAAAUGUAUUUACAACAAAUACUAGACGUCGAUGAGAAGAAUCAAGUUUUAACUUUAACAGCAUGGAUUGAAUACCAAUGGACUGAUUACAAACUCAAAUGGGAACCUUCUGAAUAUGGAAAUAUCAAAGAUAUUCGAAUUCCGGGUGAUGGUCACACUAUUUGGCGUCCAGAUGUUUUGUUAUAUAAUAGUGCUGACGAAAAUUUUGAUUCGACUUACCCUGUGAACUAUGUGGUCAGUCAUACAGGGCAUGUCUUACAAGUUCCUCCUGGAAUUUUAAAGCUAUCAUGUAAAAUAGAUAUUACUUAUUUUCCUUUCGACGACCAAAUAUGUCAUUUGAAAUUCGGUUCUUGGACGUACAGCGGAAACUUUAUUGAUUUAAGAAUAAAUGGUCCUGAUGGUUAUAACAUAUCUGAACAAGGAAUGGAUAUAUCAUAUUAUAUAGAAAAUGGAGAAUGGAAUUUACUUGCAGUACCAGCUCGAAAUGAAACAAACGUUUUUGAUGGGGAACCAUAUCCUUCCAUCUAUUUUUACUUAAUUAUUCAAAGAAGAACUUUGUACUACGGCUUGAAUUUGAUUAUCCCUUCUCUACUGAUAUCUUUGAUGACAGUGCUUGGAUUCACGUUACCGCCUGAUGCUGGAGAGAAGAUUACUUUGGAGAUCACAAUCCUUUUGUCUGUUUGUUUUUUUCUCAGUAUGGUUGCUGAGAUGACACCUCCAACUUCUGAUGCAGUUCCUCUAAUAGGUGCUUUCUUUUCCUGUUGUAUGCUGGUAGUGUCGGCGUCUGUAGUUUUCACUGUUCUCGUUCUGAACCUUCAUAAUAGAAAACCUGAGACUCAUGAAAUGAGCCCUUUUUUAAGAGAAUUCCUAUUAGUAUGGUUACCGGGUGUACUCGUCAUGCAGCGACCUAAUUUGUCUAGUGCAGAAGAGCAGGAAUGUGAAUUGGCUCCAGCUUGUGUACGAAAACGUUAUCAACCGACACUCCCUCCUGUGCCUGAUAGUGAUAUGUUGACAUCGGUUGAGACCCCCAUGUAUCAUUCACUCGUUAUCGAAAAAGGAAAAUGUACUUCAAUUUGCAAAUCUGAACCUAAUGAGUUAACGAGGUAUUUGAAAAACGCUUGUUCAGAGCUCAAGAAAAUUUCGGGACAAAUCAAAAUAAUACGCAAACGUAGUGACGAAGAGGAGAGAGAUGAAUUGGUUGAGAACGAAUGGAAGUUCGCUGCCAUGGUGAUCGACAGAUUAUGUUUAUUCGUUUUUACAGUUUUUAUUGUUGUAUCUACUUUUGGAAUAAUGCUUUCUUCUCCCCAUCUCAUUGCUUGA